AUGCGGCGCAACAAUUAUCCCUACCAGCCGCUCAAUCAACAGCCAGCAGCGCCAAGUGGACACGAUGCCUUGGAAGCGGAAAACGAACGAGCUGCUGAGGAGCUGCAACAGAAGAUUGGCGCCCUGAAGUCGCUGACCAUUGAUAUUGGGAAUGAGGUACGGUAUCAGGAUAAACUGCUGCGCGGCAUUGACGAUGACAUGGAUCGUACCAGCGGUUUCCUCGGCAACACAAUGACGCGAGUAGUGCGUCUGGCCAAACAGGGUGGGGGAUCCAAGCAAAUGUGUUACAUGUUCCUCUUUGUGCUCUUUGUGUUUGUGCUGCUCUGGCUGACGCUGAAGUUUAAAUAGUGUUUGAUUCAAAUAUACAUAUAUCUAUAUUCUAUUUCUA